CAAAUUGAUUGUUCUCCGUCUCUGUAUCUCUUCAAACUACUUUCUCGCCUAUCUCCCUCGACUGCCACCACCAGCACAUCGCCGCCGUCGUUUACGUGCUUUCCUCGUUCAGCACUUGACGCCGCCGAAUGCUCCCUCGCGUUGCUCGGUGUCUUCUCCACUGCACCGGAAAACCAACACCGUGGUUAUCUAGCUGACACCGAACACGUUAAAAUCCAAGUGAGAUUAGAAAAUCACAUUCAUCAUCGGUUGUGUGAUUCACUAAGGCAGCAAGAUCAUAUUUUAGCGACUAUCAAUAGAAAUUACAGCCAAAACUCGAUGUGCUUGACGGAGAUGAAGCGUGAAAAUCAGCUGCUGAUAUUGUAUGCUUCACAGACAGGAAAUGCAAUGGAUGCUGCUGAGCGGUUUGGCCGCGAAGCUGAGCGUCGUGGCUGCCCUUCCAUCUCUGUCCUCUCCAUGGACGAGUUUCAUCCCAGCGAAUUGCCGAACAAGGAAGCCGUCAUUUUGGUGGUGUCGACCACAGGUCAGGGGGAAAAUCCAGAUUCGAUGAAGGGGUUUUGGAGAUUUUUAUUGCAAAAGAAUUUGACAGAAGACUGGCUUAAAGGGGUUAAUUAUGCUGUGUUUGGACUGGGCGAUUCAAGCUACCAAAAGUAUAAUUUUGUAGCAAAGAAACUGGACAAACGGCUUUCAAGUCUUGGUGCAUCACCGAUUAUUGAAAGAGGCCUGGGAGAUGAUCAGCAUCCUUCAGGGUAUGAAGGGGCUCUAGAUCCAUGGAUGUCCUCCUUGUGGAGUAUAUUGUAUCAAAGAAAUCCUAGGUUGCUUCCAAAUGCUAUAAAUCCUGACGAUACUUUGAUGGAUCAACCUAAAGUGCAAGUUAUAUAUCAUGACACUGAAGAAGGGCUGUCACCUAUGACAACCAACGCAGAUUUUAACUAUCUGGAGAUGCUACUUGAGAAAGCCCACUCAAUGAAUCCUGCAAAAUAUUCUGGAAAAAGCAGGCCUGAUUGCUUCCUCAAACUGACCAAGAAUUAUCAAUUAAGUCGAGUGGAAAGCGGGAAGGAUGUACGUCACUUUGAGUUUGAAGCUGUUUCAUGUCCAAUCAAUUACGAUGUAGGCGACAUUCUUGAGUUUCUUCCAGGCCAAAGUCCUGAAGCACUUGAUGCCUUUAUGCAACGGUGUAAUUUGAACCCUGAAUCAUACAUAACUGUUCAAGCUAGAGAUAAUGAGAACCGUGGUUUUCGGAAACCUUCUACCCCUGUGAAGUUGAAAUCCUUCAUUGAGUUGACAAUGGAUGUUGCAUCAGCUUCCCCUAGGCGAUAUUUUUUUGAGGUCAUGAGUUUCUUUGCCACUGCUGAGCAUGAAAAGGAAAGGCUUCAAUAUUUCUCCUCACCUGAAGGAAGAGAUGAUUUAUACCAGUACAAUCAGAAGGAACGGAGAACUGUCCUUGAGGUGCUGGAGGAUUUUCCUUCUGUGCAGAUGCCCUUUGAAUGGUUGGUACAGCUGGUUCCUCCACUAAAAACAAGGGCCUUUUCCAUCUCUUCAUCUAAUUCAGCCCAUCCAAAUCAGGUCCAUUUAACUAUAAGCGUAGUGUCAUGGACAACAACUUACAAGAGGAAACGCGUGGGUCUUUGCUCAUCAUGGCUUGCGGGUCUUGAUCCCAAUCAGAGAGUCCUUAUACCAGCAUGGAUUAGCAAAGGCUGUCUUCCUCCGCCACCACCAUCACUUCCUCUGAUUCUUGUUGGACCUGGAACUGGAUGCGCGCCUUUCCAUGGGUUUGUGGAGGAACGUGCAAUUCAGAGUAAAAGUGUUACAACUGCUCCGGUUGUCUUCUUCUUUGGGUGUAGAAACGAGAAGGACGAUUUCCUGUACAGGGAUUUUUGGCUGUCACAUUUGCAGAAGAAUGGAGUGCUUUCUGAAGAGAAAGGUGGAGGAUUCUAUGUUGCCUUUUCGAGGGAACAGCCGCAUAAAGUGUAUGUACAACACAAAAUGAGGGAGCAAAGUAGUAAAAUAUGGAGUUUGCUAAGUCAGGGCGCUGCUGUUUAUGUUGCUGGAUCUGCAAAUAAAAUGCCUGCUGAUGUAUUGUCAGCAUUGGAGGAAAUUUUUUCGAAUGAAACCGGGGUUCCAAGAGAAGCUGCAUCAACAUGGAUUAGGAAACUGGAAAGGGCUGGCAAGUAUCAUGUCGAGGCUUGGUCUUGACCUUCUUAUUAAAACUUACAUUGCAAUGUUUACAAGCAUGAAGGUGCAUGCCUUUUCGCAAUAUUUAUGGGUAAAAAUUUGUUGUUCAACAUACAUUUGUUAAAUGCAUCUACUGAAAGGAGAACACAUUUUUCUGAACUGCUGGAAUUUCCUUGUUUUUAAUUAAUUUAUUAUAAUCUGUGUUUAUGUUCGA